UUCCCCCAGGAUGUCUUGGCCCGCUCUGUACACUCAGUUGGUCGGGGCGAACCGUCAUGCCACCAGCCUGGGUAAAAUCUGGCUCUCUGUGCUUUUUAUUUUCCGGGUCAUGGUGCUGGUUGUUGCCGCGGAGAGCGUCUGGGGGGACGAGCAGUCUGACUUCACCUGUAACACAUUGCAGCCUGGCUGUGAAAACGUCUGCUAUGAUCAGUUCUUUCCUGUGUCCCACAUCCGUCUCUGGUGUCUUCAGCUUGUCUUUGUCUCCACGCCAACACUCCUGGUUGCCAUGUAUGUGGCCUAUCGUAACCACAGAGAUAAGAGGAAGCUCCUUCAGAGUCCUGGUAGAGCUGGGUUUCUCAGCGCAAAGGGCCAAGAUGAGGAGUUGGAGACUCUGAAAAAGCGGAGGCUCCCAAUAGCUGGUGCCCUCUGGUGGACAUAUGCCUGCAGCCUGGUGUUCAGGCUGCUGUUUGAAGCAGGAUUCAUGUAUGCUCUGUAUGUGGUGUACGAUGGUUUCCAGAUGCCGCGGCUGGUGCAAUGUGAUCAAUGGCCAUGUCCUAACCUGGUGGACUGCUUCAUCUCACGUCCAACUGAGAAAACCAUCUUCACUGUUUUCAUGGCCACUACCUCAUCUAUCUGCAUGGUCCUUAACAUGGCUGAACUUGUAUAUCUUGUCAUCAAGGCUGUCACUAGGGUUCUCUGUGAUCAGAAGGAGAAGAAAUUAGGCAGCAGAGAGAAGAUGCGGAUCAGGACUAACCAGAAGUCACUUGUUUCAACCUGAUUUUGAAAUGUAGCUAGAAGACGGAGGGUGGAGAAGAAAUUGAUAAAAACAUUGUCAUUUUAGAGAUAUAAUGCAUGUGUGAGAAUCAUAAAUGUAAAUACAACUCACAAAUCGGACAUUUUCGAUGAUACUCUAUAGAAAAUCAAGGGGUGGAGAGGAUGUUAGCAUCUUAAAACUAUACUUUCAUGUUG